ACUUCUAUAUGUAAAGUUUGUACUCAGUUCUCUACGGCAUUCAGAUAAGAAACAACGCCAUAAGGACUGGCGUACACUUUAUAGCCGUAAUAGAACAAUCAUGGAUUUCUUGAAGAUAGUAGUCAUCUUUUUGCUCACAGCUUGCCUCUACGUCUCAGCUGAAAAAGUCACAGCCGAGAUUGCUGCACUCCCACAGAAGAUUCGUAUUGGUUUAACCACGGACUUUAGUAUUCGAUGUCUGGCCAUUCCCAACCAACAUGACACAGGUUUAUCCAAAAUCUUAACUCUCUCCAUCAAGAAAGUUCAAAAUGACGUCCCCGUUACACUGGCGGUGGUAACCCCACUCUCAGCUGCCAAUGUUAUGCCCGAGGCUAGAGCCGCAAAGGCCCAUGGUGCCUUAGACCAUUCUACAAACUACUUGAAUAUCUCUUGGAAGAACCCUGAGUCAGACCUUGCAGGCGAAUAUAUCUGCGAAGGAAUCGGAGUUGAAGCCUCCGGGAAGAACAUUGCGUUCUCAGAUUCUAUUUUCGUUUCCUACGAAUAUGCCUCCACGGAAGAAUACGUCUCGACACUGUUUCAGCUUCACAAGGAACUGGAUCAGAGCCAGGCAAAGCUGAAGGCGGCUUAUGCUGCUGGAAACAAGACACAGUCGGAGCUCGUGGAAACCCAGACAAGACUCUCAAGACGUCAGUUACCAGACGACUGCAUCCCUGUUGUUUCCAACGCGACAGGAUGCGAUGACCCCAAGUUGACCGUCGGCUACCACAUCCUGGAAAUCGUCCCCAAAGACGGGCUAGGUCCCAUCAAAGUUUUAUGCCACGUUCGCAUUCAAGGUGAAGGCUGGAUCGUGUUCCAGAAGAGAUUCGACGGCUCAGUCGACUUCUACAGAAAUUUCCGCGAUUACGAAGUCGGGUUCGGCACAGUUAGUCCGAGCACAGAGUUCUGGCUUGGUUUGGAGAACCUCAGACGUCUCCUGGUGGACAACGGCGAUGAGAACGGGCUUCGCGUGGACAUGACAGAAAGAGGCACUGCCUUCAACUUCACCAGAAUAUACCCCAUUUUCCGAGUAGGUCCAGGAGACGGCUACACCCUGAUCGCUGAUGGAUACAGCGACGGAGGCAAGGGUCUGUCCGAGAACUCUGGCGCCAAGUUCUCCACCUACGACAACGAUCACUCCCUUGGGUGCCCUUCAAGUCUGCGUCUCGCUGGUUGGUGGUUCCACGAAGGCUGUGGCUUCGUCAAUAUUAACGGCCUGUGGGGGCUCGCUUCAGGAGAGGCUUCCAUGUUCUGGUACGAGAUCUACAAUCACCCAACUCACUCUAUGCAGGCUACGGAGAUGAAGUUCAGGCCCUUCCCAUCUCCGGUUAGAGUAUAAAAACAAGCACAUUUCAAUGUAAGAAAAUGCUUAAGUUUAUAUUUGAAAUGUCAAUAAUAAAAUAUUUAGCAUAAAAAAUUCAAGAGAAUAAAUCAAUAAGAUUUUUUAAAA